AUGGAUAAAAUUCAAUCGAUUAUAUUAUUAAUGAGUAAACUUAUUUAUCUUCAAAUUGAAGGAUUUACAAAUAUAAUUGAAAAUAUUUUUCGAAAUAAUCAAUUAGAAGAAUUUUUUCAAACAAAAUUAAUUCAUUUAAAAACAUUUACAUUUUUUAUUCGUUUUUCACCGCGUGAAUUUCUAAGAGAUAAUUUAAUCAUUGAUUCAUUUAUAAAACAAUUUCAAAGACCUUAUUGGAUAUCAAAUUUAAAUUGCUUCAUUAAUUGUGAUUGA